GAGACUCGUCCCUCGGGGCCACUCUCCAUGGACAGCACCGUCCCUGUGCCCCCACCUCUCCCCAGGAAAGGUGCAGUAAGAGAUGCUAAAAACCUAGUUCCUAUGGAUCCUAAUGGCUUGUCAGAUCCCUAUGUGAAGCUUAAACUAAUCCCUGACCCCAAAAAUGAAAGCAAACAGAAGACCAAAACUAUCAAGUGCUCCCUGAAUCCUGAGUGGAACGAGACAUUUAAAUUCCAGCUGAAGGAGGCAGACAAGGACAGGCGGUUGUCUGUGGAGAUUUGGGACUGGGAUCUGACCAGCAGGAAUGGGAUUUCUGAGCUGCAGAAGUCAGGAGUCGAUGGAUGGUUUAAGCUGCUGAGCCAGGAGGAGGGGGAGUAUUUCAACGUGCCAGUGCCUCCUGAGGGAGAAGAAGGAAAUGAGGAGCUGAGGCAGAAAUUUGAGAGAGCCAAGAUUGGGACGGGCUCCAAGGCUGCAGACGAGAAGACGACAAACGCCAUCUCCAAAUUCGACAACAACGGCAGCAGGGAUCGGAUGAAGCUUUCAGAUUUCAACUUCCUGAUGGUGCUGGGGAAGGGCAGCUUUGGGAAGGUGAUGCUGGCAGAGAGGAAGGGCACGGACGAGCUCUACGCCGUGAAGAUCUUGAAGAAGGAUGUGGUUAUCCAGGACGAUGACGUAGAGUGCACGAUGGUGGAAAAACGUGUCCUGGCUCUCUCCGGGAAGCCUCCGUUCCUGACCCAGCUCCACUCCUGCUUCCAGACCAUGGACCGCUUGUAUUUUGUGAUGGAAUACGUGAAUGGUGGGGACUUAAUGUACCAGAUCCAGCAGGUUGGGAGGUUUAAAGAGCCACACGCUGUGUUCUACGCAGCAGAAAUAGCCAUCGGCCUCUUCUUCCUGCAGAGCAAAGGCAUCAUUUACAGAGACCUGAAGCUGGACAACGUGAUGCUGGACAGCGAGGGGCACAUAAAGAUUGCAGACUUUGGCAUGUGCAAGGAGAACAUCUGGGACGGGGUGACGACCAAGACCUUCUGUGGCACUCCAGACUACAUAGCACCCGAGAUAAUUGCUUAUCAGCCCUAUGGGAAGUCGGUGGACUGGUGGGCAUUUGGAGUCCUGCUCUAUGAAAUGUUAGCUGGCCAGGCUCCCUUUGAGGGAGAAGAUGAGGACGAGCUGUUCCAGUCCAUCAUGGAGCACAACGUCGCCUACCCCAAGUCCAUGUCCAAGGAGGCAGUGGCAAUCUGCAAAGGGCUGAUGACCAAGCACCCUGCCAAGCGGCUGGGCUGCGGCCCGGAGGGGGAGCGGGACAUCAAGGAGCACGCCUUCUUCCGCUACAUCGACUGGGACAAGCUGGAGCGCAAGGAGAUCCAGCCCCCCUUCAAGCCAAAGGCUUGUGGACGCAAUGCUGAAAACUUCGACCGGUUUUUCACUCGCCAUCCACCCGUCUUAACACCUCCUGACCAGGAAGUCAUCAGGAACAUUGACCAGUCAGAAUUCGAAGGAUUUUCCUUUGUUAACUCAGAGUUUUUUAAACCUGAAGCCAAGAGCUAAGUAGCUGUGUAGAUCUCAUUCCUGCAUCUCUGUCAUCCAGUCCCAGCUGCUGUUUUGGUGACAUUUUCAUUGCAAAACUUGCAUUCGUGGGUUUUCUUUAGUACUGCUACUAGAGUGACCGUAUUCCAGAGCCAGAAGUGUCUUCACAGGAUGUAGGGCACGCCUGAAAGGUGGGUGAUGAGCUGUAAGUGCUGUAAAUGUGCUUUUAUGACAUUUUAUUUGUAGGAAAAGAAAACAGUUCGUUGGCUAACCCAGGUAAAAGGGGGAGGUGUAAGCUGUGACAAUUAGGAGAAAUCUCUUCAGCACAUGCUU